UUGAUAUUGAUUGUGACAACAAGAUGGGUGGACUCAUUGCUUCUAGCGCCCUACUUUUUCAGAGGACUCGUCCGCGUCGUUGUAGGAAAAAGAUGAUUUCCCUAUCUGAUAGAGUUCGUGGAUGGUUUACAAGUGAAAUAAAAAAAUUCAGUUAUAACCUGAUUGAGUUUGUCAACCACAAUGGCGGUUUACUUUCGGGUCGCGGUGAUUUGAAAGGAUUGAGCCUUACUGUGAUGAUUAAAUGUGGAGACGGGAGCAAUUGUAACAUGCACCAGUGCAAAGGAGUGGCACAGCUGAAUGGUUGUGUUCAUAAGCAGUAUGUGGACACGGUUGCAAGACUAUACAAUUCUACGUGGGCCGGCAAAUAUUUAGGGAGGAGUUUGCGGUACAUGUUGAGCUCCACGUUUUCGGAAAAGGUAAUGAAGUUUGUUGCGGACUUCCAUGAUGAUGGUGUGCGUAAUAGCGCGGUAGAUCGGAGUAGAUUAGCAAAUUGGAUGUCAAAGGAGAGGGAAAAAAUGAAGGUUGCAUCCCAUUUAGGAGAAGAAGAACAGCACACCAAAACUGGUACAGUGUUUUCGCGAAUAUCGGAGUUGUUCAUCCCAGUACUAGAAAACUUGGGACCCCAUACAAACCAUUGGUGGUGUCUUGUUGUAUCUGCUGACCCACCAACCAUAUACGUGAUUGACUCCUUGAUUACCAAUCCCGUGGAAGAGCGUAAAAAUGAAAUCGAUGAUCUGCUUAUUGGGGUUGACAAGCUGCUUUUCAGUGGUGAAGAUGGAGAUAGUUGGGGCCAGUUGCUGUCGUGGGAAAGGCGGCGAAUGGAUAUAGACAUCCAGAAAGACACCCAUAGUUGCGGUGUCCGGAUGCUGCUAGCUAUUAAGGACUUCGCUGAAGGUUAUGAGUCGCUCCGGAUAAAGGACUUGGAAGAAGCGCGACGGUUGUUGUUGACGCAGGAUAUUCUUUCUCCGUUCAAUUUGGAGCGGGAUCGUAUAAAAGAGAUGGUGAACGAUGCCAACAAGAAAAAAAUUUAACGUCAUAUGUUGAUUAUGUUGUAAUAAUAUUCAGACUUGAGUUUAGCAGAAAUUCCGUUGUAUUUGGCAAGGCCCAAAAGAUCAAAAUAUAAUUUAGUAUAACGUUGGACCAAUUGUACUAUGCGUGUUGGACCAGUGUGUUGGACCAGCGUGUUGGACCAGCGUGUUGGACCAGCGUGGAGCCCAAUGGCAAG